AGGGCGGCUCUCACUGUCUGGAUGCUGCAGCAAGGUUACCGGGCUGGACCAACCGUAGCAUCUGCUGCCUGCCUGACCGUCUAACACGCUUUAUUGUUCACCAGUGCUGAAAGUGAAGGAAAACCGCUUUUUAAGGACAUAACAAAGGAAGUUGAACCAUGUCUUCCAGCUCAGCAACGGUACGCAUUCUGAUAAAGGGAGGUAAAGUUGUGAACGAUGACUUCACACAAGAAGCAGAUGUGUACAUCGAGAACGGCAUUAUCCAGCAAGUGGGCAAGGAGCUGAUGAUCCCAGGAGGGGCCAAAGUUAUCGAUGCGACCGGAAAGCUGGUGCUUCCAGGUGGCAUAGACACCAGUGUUCACCUGAACGAGAGCUUCAUGAACGCCAGCACCGCAGAUGACUUCUACAGCGGCACGAAGGCUGCUCUGGCUGGAGGCACCACUAUGGUGAUUGGUCAUGUGCUGCCAGAAAAGAACGAAUCAUUGCUGGACGCUUAUGAAAAGUGCCGCUCUCACGCUGAUGCCAAGGCCUGCUGUGACUAUGCUCUUCAUGUGGGAGUGACCUGGUGGGGACCAACGGUUAGGGCUCAAAUGGAGACACUGGUGCGGGAAAGAGGGGUGAACUCCUUCCAGAUGUUCAUGGCAUAUAAGGACAUGUACAUGCUGAGGGACAGCGAGCUGUUUCAGGCCCUGCAGAACUGUAAGGACAUCGGUGCUGUGGCCCGCGUCCAUGCGGAGAAUGGAGAACUGGUUGCGGAGGGUGCCAAAGAAGCGCUGGAUCUGGGUAUUAGUGGACCAGAGGGCAUUGAGAUAAGCAGACCUGAGGAGCUGGAAGCAGAGGCCAUCCACCGGGCCAUUACCAUCGCUAACAGAGCCCACUGUCCUAUAUAUCUUGUGAAUGUGUCCAGCAUGUCAGCAGGGGAUGUUUUAGCAUCUGCUAAAAUGCAGGGGAAAGUGGUGCAUGGAGAGACCACCACAGCUCAUGCUGUCUUAAACGGGCUGCAGUACUACCACCAGGACUGGGCCCACGCAGCUGCUUUCGUCACUGUGCCACCACUCAGACUUGACCCCAACACACCCAAUUACCUGCUCAGCCUUCUGGGAAAUGACACUCUGAACGUCGUGACAUCGGACCACCGACCCUUCACCACUAAACAGAAGGCAGUGGGUAAAGAUGACUUCACGAAAAUCCCUCACGGUGUUCCCGGGGUGCAGGACCGCAUGAGCGUCAUUUGGGAGCGAGGAGUGGUUGGAGGCAAGAUGGAUGAGAAUCGGUUUGUUGCUGUCACAAGCUCCAAUGCUGCAAAGAUCUACAACCUUUACCCGAGGAAGGGCAGGAUCAUCCCUGGAGCCGAUGCUGAUGUGGUCGUCUGGGAUCCAGAAUCAACAAGGACCAUCUCUGUGUCCACUCAAUGGCAGGGUGGUGAUGUAAAUCUGUACGAGAACCUACGCUGUCACGGCGUCCCGUUGGUAACCGUCAGCCGUGGCCGCGUGGUCUAUGAAAAUGGCAUCUUCACCUGUGCUGAGGGCUCAGGAAAGUUCUACCCUCUCCGAACCUUCCCAGACUACCUGUACAAGAAAAUGGUCCAGAGGGAGAAGUGUCAAGCAGUCAAGGGGGUGGAGCGUGCGCCCUACAACGGAGACGUAGCUGCAGUGCAGAAUUCAGGGAAGAAGGAUGUGGGCCCUUCAGAUGGGGACAUGAACCCACGACCCUGCACGCGCCACGGGGGAAUGAGAGACCUACAUGAGUCCAGCUUUAGUUUGUCUGGUGCCCAAAUUGAUGAUAAUGUUCCGAAGAGGGCUUCCGCGCGGAUCCUAGCGCCACCUGGUGGUCGUUCUAGUGGAAUCUGGUAACAUUUCGGAGUCUGAAACUACAGGAAACACCUACAUUUCUGAUCAAAAUGAUUUCACUUGAAUCACUUGCAAGAUAACACCUGUGGGUUUCUUUUAAUUUUUCUAUAUGUGUGUGUGAAUGAGGGAAAAAAUAUAUAUAUUUGUGCGGAAACUGGAAAACAAGGUAUAUGUUGGAAAUACUUGUAGGAGAUUGAGGAGGAAUCCAGAGUGUUACAGGGUGUUUUGUUCUUCAUAUUCAGUCACAUGAAAUUAGUGAAAGUUGUGUUGAAAUGCAAAUGCAACACUGUUGUAGUGCUAAAUAAAUGACAGACCCUUUUACUAAUUGUUUUUGUUAGCACAUUAACAACAGUAUGUUUUAUGCAAGCUGCCGUUUAAAUGAUUUUAAAGAUAGUGACUGGAGACUUAUUUAAGAGUGGGAAUGUUACUAGUUUGUGUAUUUGGUCAUGGCUUGAAAAUGUGAACCAUUGUAAAGUUAUUUAAUAUGUUUUAAU